UGGCAUCAAAGCAGCGGCUGGCGAGCGGUAGCCUAGCCCGGGUCUGUUGAAAGCCGGUUCAGCGUUCCCUUGGCCUUGCAGGUCCCCAAAGCCCUGCUCCCGGGAGUGUGGCUGCGAAAGGACACGUUGGAGGGGCUGUGGGUUUAUCUGGUGCCUCAGCACCCGCCCUAGGCCGCCUCUCAGAAAUUUGGAAAAGAGCCCUGGUCCGGUGUGGAGACCGAUAGUCCUUUGGGCUUCAGAAGGAAGCCUGCGUGAAUGUUCAGCGUUUUUUAAAAAAGUCAUUGUGUUGGGUGUCGAUGUGGUCUGUCUAUAAAAGGCUGGGGAAGAACAAAAUCUCUUACCGGUUCUUCUCUAAAGAGACACCCUCUGGAGCUGAAAACCUCAAGAACCGGCUCUCUCAUGUCCCCCAUCUCUGGUCCUACCAGCGUCCACAGCCGCUCUGUUUUAAGUAUGUUUCUGCAAGUUCUGGAGUUCUAUCUGUAUGAUCGGUUUUCUGGAUCCCUCCUCCCUGCCUUUUGCUUCUCUAGAAGAUUAUGAAGAGGCAUAGACUCAGACCUACUCAACCAGCCAACCUGCAAGCAGGCAGGACUUACUUUUAGAGAGGAAUCAGUUUUUCAGAGCUGUGAGAGCCACAUCAGCCUCCAGGAGCCCCUAAGCACACACAAGAAUCCUGAGGGCAGGAGACUGUGAUCACAGGAGGACCACGCAACUGUGAGGCAUCUCAGCAGAGGCUCUGGCCGUUUCCUCACCAGAAGUGGACGAGGUCAGUCAGGAGGCAUCAUCAUGCUGCAGCAGCUCCUGAUCACCCUGCCCACCGAGGCCAGCACAUGGGUGAAGUUGCACCAUCCAGAGAAGGCCAAAGAGGGGGCGCCCCUGUGGGAGGAUGUGACCAAGAUGUUUGAAGGAGGAGCUCUGCUAUCUCAGGAUGCUGAUGAGACCCAGGGAGAAAGUUUAAAGGAUGAAUUAACCCCCGGGACCCCAACAACAGACUCCCAGGAACUGUUGACCUUCAAGGACAUAUCUGUGGACUUCACCCAGGAGGAGUGGGGGCAGCUGGCGCCUGCUCACCGGAAUCUGUACCGGGAGGUGAUGCUGGAGAACUAUGGGAAUCUGGUCUCAGUGGCAGGCUGUCAGCUUUCCAAACCUAGUGUGAUUUCCCAGUUGGAGAAAGGAGAAGAGCCAUGGAUGACAGAGAAAGAAGGCGCAGGAGAUCCCAGUUCAGACUUGAAGAGUAAAACAGAAACCAGUGCGUCAAAUGCAAAAUAUAACAUUUUACAAGAACAGUUGUAUCAUGGUAUGAUGAUGGAAAGGUUCAUGAGGGAUGAUGUCAUUUAUUCCACAUUGAAGAAAGUCUCAAAAUAUGAUGAUGAGUUAGAAAGGCACCAGGAUCGCCAUGGAAGAAAUGUGAGACAAACCACUAUGACCCAUAAGAAGAGAAGCCAAGAAAUUUACAAAUUUGGCAAAAAUAUUGUGAGUUCAAAUGUUGUUAUAGAACAGAGGCUCCGUAAAUGUGACACGCCUAGAAAGAGAAACAAAUGCAAAUCAGAUUUGAUUAAUCAUCCAACAAGUUACAUAAGAGUAAAAACCUAUGAGUGUAAUAUAUGUGAAAAGGUCUUCAAACAACCCAUUCACCUUACUGAACACAUGAGAAUUCAUACUGGUGAGAAACCUUUCAGAUGUAAGGAAUGUGGAAGAGCCUUCAGUCAAAGUGCAUCCCUUACCACACACCAGAGAAUCCAUACUGGUGAGAAGCCCUUUGAAUGUGAAGAAUGUGGCAAAGCCUUCAGACAUCGCUCAUCUCUUAAUCAGCAUCAUAGAACCCACACUGGGGAGAAACCCUACAUAUGUGAUAAAUGUCAGAAAGCUUUCAGCCAGAACAUUAGCUUGAUCCAGCAUUUGAGAACUCAUUCUGGAGAGAAACCCUUUACGUGCAAUGAAUGUGGGAAAACCUUUAGACAGAUUAGACACCUUAGUGAACAUAUAAGAAUUCAUACUGGGGAGAAGCCCUAUGCAUGCACUGCAUGUUGUAAAACCUUUAGUCAUAGAGCUUAUCUAACGCAUCACCAGAGAAUCCAUACUGGGGAGAGACCCUACAAAUGUAAAGAAUGUGGGAAAGCCUUUAGGCAGAGGAUACACCUUAGCAACCAUAAAACUGUUCAUACAGGAGUAAAAGCAUAUGAAUGCAACCGCUGUGGAAAAGCAUACAGGCAUGAUUCAUCCUUUAAGAAACAUCAGAGGCAUCACACAGGAGAAAAACCUUAUGAAUGUAAUGAAUGUGGAAAAGCCUUCAGCUAUAAUUCAUCACUUACACGACACCAUGAAAUACACAGGAGAAAUGUCUUCCAAAAUAAUAUCUGAAAACCGAUUAUGCAAUAUGAGAACAAAAGCUAAGUCUAAAUCAGUAACUCUGUGCUUUGAAUUUCAGGACUCUAAAUUUGAGGAAUUGACAUAAUGAUGCCAACUUCUAGUUUUGCUCAUUGUGUAAAUAAACACUACAUUGAUAACAACUAUUUACUAAUACCUCCACACAAAGUUACUUAAUCGAGAAUAAAAGAUGACCCUUCAAGUUAAAAUCAACAAUAUAGAAAAUUUUGUACAUCAUUAUUUUUAUGAUUUCAUGGUAGAUUAAUAAAUUAUUUUUCUUGGG